AGGAAUUUUCCAUUCCUUACCGAGCGGUACUGCUAUCGCGUACGCUCGAACACACCCGAAGCCUCGGGACUGUUCCAGACCUUCUGACAGAACCGCCUCGGCUUCUCCAGACCUUUCGGUUCGACCUUCGGGAGAGUUGUGAACUUCUUCCUUCCUCCUAAUUUCCACCUCUCAUCUUCCCCGCUUUCCUCAACCACAGUUCUUCCGUACUCCCACCGCAUAUCGCUGCAUCACCGUUCCUCCUCCGCACCUAUUGCCGCCAUCGUGCCACUGGAUUAGGUAUUCUAAUGGCGGCCCGUGGGAGCUCCCCACCCUGGAGGGGCAGCCGCUGUGGCUGUCAUACAGUCUGCAAAAUGGCGGGACGUGGAACGUGACGGGCAUGUCGCCCCAGCAACAGGCCAGCACACUGCAGCCCAAGUCCAGCAGCGGCUAUCCGAUAUUCCAGGGAACUCCCUUCGCAUAUUCUUCUCUGGACGCCGCAGACCUUUUGCUUGAUAUUCCGAGUGGCGAGGUGGCGGUGUAUAAGAGCGAUGCUGUGCUUCUGCCUUACAACAUGGAUGCUCUUGCCGCGUAUGCGGGAGCCACUACUUCCAUCUUUAACCUGCUUGCCUUGGUUGGCCUAGCCCUCUCUGCACUUCUCCUCGUGUAACCACUAUAUGUCAGGUAGUAGCUGCUUUGUGGUAUCCUGGUCGUUGGGCUUGUGAAUGCUAUUCCUAGCUGAGUUGAUGUGCAGUUGUGCUGUUGUAGCAGAAAUACUGGAAGCUGAACAGGAGGCCUUUUCCAGGUAGCUGAUACAGCAGUGCUUACAGUGUUUCUUGCUCUGCUGCCUGUGCCCUAGUGUGAGCCAGCUUAUCUGACAUGUAGACUAUCUAUCUUAUUAAUACAUCCAUCCAUGACACUACGCCCAUCAUUCCUCCGAUUCCCUCCCACCACAAGACCUCCUGUACCUGAUUGCUCUCCUGUCCCCACUGUCAACUUAUAUAUUGUAUAUAUAUAGUUGUGUAGGCUUGGUAGGUGUUGGGUGUUCUACAAAUGACUGGAUCCUACUGUAGAGGGUACAACCCACUUCUUGUAGU